AUGAUAUCCUCGGGCUUCACAAACGCGCCCGUAUCGCAAUUCCUCGUUUUUGGCACCGUCAUUGGCGCGCUGCUGGCGUCGGUGACGGAUACGCGGUAUUAUUUGCAUAUUCAGGUUGUGCCGCAUAUAUGGGGGUAUGGGCAGUUUUGGAGGUUUUUGGCGUGGCAGGCCAGUUUUACAAAUUCGACUGAAGUGCUGUUUGCGGCGUUGACGUUUUAUCAAUUACGUGUUGUAGAGCGGUUGUGGGGGAGUAGGAAGUUUGCUUCAUUCCUCCUAGCAACACUCCCAUAUACGACACUCCUACCCCCUCUCCUCCUAACCUUCAUCCUCCGACCCCUCUCCCUCGGCCGCCUAAACUACCUCCCCGCAGGCCCAACACCCAUCCUCUUCGCCCUCCUCGCAAACUACUACGCCGCGGUCCCAUACACAUAUCGCUAUAAAAUCUCGCCUUGGGCUGCCUCCUCCUCCACGCCGUCUACCACCUCUUCAUCAUCACAACAACAAAACACGCGCCAAACACCGACCCCCACAGCCCUCUGGUCUCGCAGCUUAACCCUCACAAGCAAAAGCCUAUCCUACCUACCCCCUUUACAACUCGCCCUCUCCCAGUUUCCUGGCUCGCUGCUCGCGGCAGCCGUAGGCUGGGGCGUGGGAACCGCGUAUCGCCGGGAGCUGCUUCCUGGUGCGACGAGGUGGCGUGUGCCGGGGUGGAUGGUGGGAGAGGAGAAGAAGGGUGGGUUUGAGGGGCUGAGGGCUAGACUGGGAUGCUGA